CGAGGCCGCGCCGGAGGCUGUGCUCGGAACGCGCCCUGGAGUGCUACGCGGCCGCCGCAGUGAUGGGCGCUGGGCCUGCGGGAUCGCGGAGGGGAGUCGAGGAACGGCCGGGCCGGGCUGGAGAGACCGCCGCAGGGACUGGCCCUCGACACUGAACCGCGGCGGGGUCCCUGCCGGCUCUGUAAGGGCCUGUGAGCGCGAGUGGGGCGCACCAAAGGAGCCGGGCAGCCGCCAGCCACUUCGCGGGGACCGCUAGGCGGAUCGAGAGGGCCUUGUGGGCACAUCUGGGGCUGUGGUGACCCCGCCAGGCGCAUUUCGGGGGCCGGGCCGCGUCCUCCGGGGCCGCCGUACAUCCACGUGGGGUACUGCUGGGGCCCUGCGCCGCCUCGGUGAAGCCCCGGGGCGCCCCUGGAUGGCUGAACUGCCCCCUCGCCGGCCGCCCGGACGCCGCAGCGGCUGAGCUCGCUGGGAUCGCCGGGCCGCCGCCCUCGCCGCCCCCUGCAUGCCCGGCGCCCGGGUCGCGGCCCACCUGGACGUACUGGGCCCCCUGGUUCCCUCCGUGCCGCCGCCGCUGCUGCCCUCUAUGUUCUACGUGGGCCUGUUCUUCGUCAAUGUGCUGAUCCUAUAUUACGCCUUUCUCAUGGAGUACAUCGUCCUCAACGUGGGCCUCGUCUUCCUGCCCGAGGACAUGGACCAGGCGCUCGUGGACCUCGGCGUGCUCUCCGAUCCCGGCUCCGGCCUCUAUGAUGCCGACUCGGAGCUCGACGUCUUUGAUGGUUACUUGGAGUAGGCUUGGCUGCCGUCCCACCUCUCCCCAACGACCCACAACCUUUGGCCCGGAACAGCCGCCCAAAUCAUGCCGCCGCUGCUGGUUGGGGGCACCGUCUGGCCAGAGAUGGGUCCCCCGGGACGAGGCCCUCUCUGGCCUCCAAGGCCUGUGAGGAGACAGGUGUGGGGAGGUACCUCUCCAGCAGAACUCAAGAGAAAAGGCACCCACAGCACCACUUGUCUUCAUGUGAUUAAAGACAUGGGAUGCUGAGAAAUGGCGAGAGAAGACACUUGAGAAGCCAAGGGAAAAGAUGAGGAAACCGAGGCACAGAUUGGUGAACUAACUCACACAAGGUCACAUCGCCUAGAUCGACAUUUAGACCAGACUUCGAGGGAAUGAGAAAAAUAAACACAUCAGAGGCCUAUUGUAUUUAAACUACAGCUAUAGGUAGUCAGUGUCAGGCACCAUCUUUCAUUUUGAAAUUAUGACCUUUGGACCUUUUUGAUAUUAAAAUGCUCAUUCUUUGACAAAAUUAUAGUGCCAGCAGUGGUUAUUUUGCUUGUUUGAUUUUAACAUACUUGAUAAAAAUUAAAAGAUGGUAGCCGCCCAUAGUCACUCAAAUUCACUCUGAAAUAUUCUUGGUCUUGAAAUCCCACAGUCUCAAGCCACUAGCCUCAGACAGGUCGUGAGAUGGGAGUCUGCAAUCUGAUUUGAAUCCGGGCUCUGCCACUCAGUUCCUGUGGCGACUUUUGGGCCAAUGCAUUCACCUCUGAGUCUCAGUCUCCUCAGAUUUAGCCCCAAUCUUACAAGGUUGUUGGAAGGACCGAAGAAUUCACUCAUCA